AUGAGCAGGGCUGUGGCAGGUUCGCAGGUACUCCUUCUGAACCUUUGCUAUCAACCGUUCCUCGACGCAGCGUAUAAAUCGUUGUUCGACGGCCUUUCGGCAAAGGCUGAUUUAAAAAGAGCGAAUGGAAGGGCUGAAGCGUUGCGAUAUAUGGAACUGAGCCGACCAGUCGCUAUCAUUGCAACUGACGAAGGCUUGACAAAGUCGGAGAAUGGGCAAGUUGUGGAAGCGGUAUUGCAAUAUGUUCGAAAUGGAGGAAUCUUAAUUCUCGGUCUUGACUUUCCAAGCUCAAUCCCAAUGGAUGAAUUUGACAAAUUCUUUCAACGCAAGUUGGGCCUCCCUUGGGCUAGUGGACACUAUCAUCGUGAGGAUUUUGAAAUCAAUGCGGAGGGAGCUUUCCCGCCCUCUGGUGGGUCGCAUGGGCAUUUCCCUCAAAAUUAUAAUAUGAAGGCGCUUCAUAUUAAAAACGCAUUGCCGGAGCAAAAGCUCUAUAUAGCGUCCGGUUGCGACCAGGCUGGGAUUGUUGGCACCAGUUAUGGUGAAGGGUACCUCACCUACAUUGGCGAUUGUAACGGCGAAGCAGAGAUGAAUGAUUUCAUCAUGGGCUUGAUAGGCCUGACGUAG